UACCGUGUUUGUUGUUAUUCCACCCCAAAAAAAUCAUAAUCAAUCAUUUAUCCAAGUUCGACUCGUGUUAUACAUUUUUAAAUAAAAUCAACGCCAAUACAGUAUGGGAAAGGAACGCUGGUUUAUCUUGUUCUACUGUUGCGUUGUGAGCUUCGCCGUGGAUUUCUUCUACGAUGAGCCGUCAGCGUUGGUGCAACGUUUAACCGCGCAAUCGGUGUACUGCGUUAAUGGGACCGACCAAGCGUGCCUGCAUCUGGAUAUGGUGCAGUUUAAUUCCUUCUUCUCUGGAGCAUCGUGGGCCAGCGCCGUAGCGGCAAUCGUGGCCGGUAUCUGUGUCGAUCGCUAUGGCGCAAUUACGCCGUUGUGGCUGUCGAUGGGAUUCCUUUUUGCCGGCUCUGUAAUGUUUGCCGCCGGCAGUUACGCUGCCUCAAACUCUGGCGCCUUCGGCUGGAUGCUGUCCGGGCGUAUCCUCUACGGUCUCGGCACCGGGGCGGCGGUGACCAUUUGCCACCAGCUGAAAGCCAUCUGGUUCCAGUACGACGAGCUGGCUGUCUCCUUCGGCCUUCACAUUGUCGCUGGGCGGAUCGGCAGUGCGGCGGCCUACGCCAUUAUCGGCACGGCGGUGACCAGUAUCGGCCUGUCCAACUGUCUCUGGAUCGGGUGCGGUGUGACCGUCCUGGCGUGUGUGGCCAUCGUCGGCCUGGUCAACCGGGAAGAGAGGAUUAUCGAGAGCGGGAUCCCCGUGACGGUCACUAAGGCCAGCGAAUCCUUCCGCACGCUGGAUGGGCUUUACUGGUGUUUUGCCGUGGUUGCGUUUCUUAUGUACGGGACGGUGUCGACCUUCACCGCCAAUGGGGUGGCGCUCGUUGCAGAUGUCUACGGCCGCACCGAGACGGUCUCCAGUCUAAUCGUCGGCCUGGUGUACGACAUCAGCCUAAUCACGCCCUUCCUGGCCAUCUUCCUGGAUAAAUUCGGGAAACGCGACUACUGGGUGACGUCCAGCAGUAUCUUCCUUCUGGCCGGGCUCCUCUUCUUCCUGAUCCCCGCUUGUCCUCCCUGGGUUCUUCCCGUUUUCAUUGGCAUCGCCUACUCCAUCUUUCCCACGACUGUCUACAGCUCCCUACCUCUCAUCGUUCCCCAACGCUCCAUGGGCGUGGCCAACGGGGUUAUCAAGUUUGGGCAGUACGCCGGGAUCGGGAGCUUGACACUGGCUGGAGGAGCGAUACUGGACCUCCUACCGACGAACGAUAACCGGCGUUGGCUGAAUUUCGCACUGUUUCUAGCCGGGAUGGCGGUACUGGCUUUGGUUAUUGCCGUUGUGAUCAAUUUCUUGAAUGCCAAGACCGGAAAGCGUUUGACGCCGUCACAGCGGGAGCGCCGUCAGGCGGCCGAUAUUGAAGAAGUCACGCCCAUCAGUGUGGAUUUCGGGGUGGAGCGGCACGGGAGCGUGGUCCGAGAGACGGUCGAGGUUACGAGAAAAAUCUCACCGGGUUCGUCGCUAGGCUCGCUGCCGCCGCCUCAGCGCGUUUCCAUUUCCUGACUUCCCAAAUCAAAACGCAGAAAAUAACGCUUUUUUUUCUGGAUCGUGCAUUUGCAAUGGUGAUAGAUUGGUGGGUGCCGUUGUUGAAAAUGUCGGUAGGAUAUUUAUGAUACGUGUGAGUUUAAUAAUUUCGAAAUAUGUGUGUAGUUUUGCGAGUAUAUUGUCGGCCAGUGUAAGGCUUGCCACCAGUCUGUUGUGAUGCGAACUCUAUUUUUAUUAAGACAUGGAUUUUGUUCAUCCGAUAAACUAGCCUAA